AUGAAAGUGGACAAGGUAUUUCUAACCUACAUCGGUGCAAACUUCCUCUUUGCGGGCGGCGGUGUCCUGCUGUUGGUGGGAUCCAUACUAUUCAGCCACAUGGUGAAUUCGACUCCGACGCUAGAAAGCGCACCAGAGAUUCUUCUCCUUCAAAUGGUACCCUUUAGGGUCGGACUGGUUAAUGCUAUAAUUGUCUUUGCUACUUUAGCUCUUGCUAUUCCCAGUAUGAUCAUGCGCGACAGUCGGUUGUGGCUAAAGCUGCAGGGGUGGAUGGUUAUUUUCGACUGCUGUGGUUAUUACAACAGUUCUUCUCCAGCCUUCGUUACCGAUGCGACUUGCAGCACGGCUUUAAUCGCAUCAGAAACGGAAGGGUGCGUCGGCCCAUUCUCGAAUUUUGUGAAUAUGACUUUAGAUACGAUUUUCACUGCUGUCUUUGGUAUUGUUGCGAUCGAUAUGAUUCUUCUCAUUUGUGUGGCUGUCGUGUUGAAGGAUCGCAAGGAAAAAGAACGAUAUCAUUUGAUUGACGCCAAGAUGGGGCUAAGAGCCUUCUAA